GUGCCAUGUAUGUCAGAAUGCUAUAUAUCUGCCGAGUUGGACCGUGGGAGACGCGAAAGCCGCCGCCACCUCUCAGAAUACCCGUUCUUGUUAUGUUGCAUCGGAUAUAUAUGUGCGUGCCAUGCCAGCCCGUGUAGCCACGCCGCGGCACAGGCGGACUUUACUUGCUGCCCUCCCUUCUUCCUCCGACCUCUUCUUUUUCUUCUUCUUCCUCUUCUUCUUCUUCUUCUUCCGCCCCCUCCCGGUGGUGCUGGUGCUGUUCCUUUUCGUCCAGUCCCUAAAAAUAGACCCGAAACCCGCAAACCCACCCCGCAGCCGUCCUGCUUGUUCCCGCACGCACGCUGGGUGCUUCUCGCACAUUGCAGAUCGAGACGUAGGUUGUUAUGGAGGUAUGUACGAACGAACAAAUAAACGAGGCAGGCGAGCAUAUAUGCAUACAUAUAUAUAUAUGCCUUAUAUACACACACAUACCACACACACAUAUACACAUAUACACAUAUAUAUACGUAGUCAUAUUAUACCUAUAUAUGCGUAUAUGUAUGCGUGUGUACGCAUGGGAUAUGUCGACUUGGCCGAGGAGCAUGUGAGGAGCGGGAAGUGGGCAGUUUGCAACAUCGCCGAAGGGCCUUAGCCGCCCCCCUAUUGUUUGGAUGAAUGUGACGAGGCCAAUCCGACACGUCGUAACGCGCCACGAAACACAACGUGGCCGGCACGAAGGAUGAGGUUAAGCCUGUACGAAUACGGCGCAGCCCAACGCAUCCGCUCGGUUGCCCACCGUUGUUUUUGUUUUCUCCUGUGUGGUAGAUGCCGACCGCCCCCUCGGCUUUUCCUAAGUUCUACAGCAUAUAGUACUUGUUAUGUAUGCAAGUCUGGAUGCUUACAUGGUGCGCAAAUGUGUGGAUGGAUGAUGGAUGGGCGGAUGGAUGGAUGGAGAUAAAUAUGGAUAUAUCCGGCUAGCGGUAAACGCAGGAUAGAUAAAAGAUAGACGUGUAGGUGUAACGUGCGGGUGUGGAUUGGUUACGAGACGAGUCACAAUCGAGAUGGGCACAACCGGCUGGCUUGUCAGAGCGGGAACACACAGACGACUGCCGAGACGGGGCAACGUCGCUCUUCUUUCCCGUCGCGAUCGAAGGCCAAGAUAGCAUGCUGGCUUCAGAAAGAAAAAAAAAGAAGCAAAAGGAAAGAAGCAAAACA